AUGGUGCCUUUGUCCCUUACGCCUCUCGGAGAAGAAAGGGACAUGUGGGACUGGGGAUCACAGCAGCAGGCUGCCUUCAAGAAAGCAAAACUACUAAUGAAGCAGUCUGAAGAUCUGGGUGUCUCCCAAACAGGGCUACCAUUUAAAUUAGAGGUUUCUGUAACUCGCAAAGUUUAUGGAUCAGAUUUAGACAAGGUGCUCUUUGCUGCUUAUCUGAAAUCUUUACUUGAUUCUACCAUGACAUCCAACAUUUGCUCUUCUGGAAACUAUGGCUCUCCAUCUCUUGGGAGUCACUGCCGCGUUCCUGUUACUUCAUCUACUACUUUCUACACUGCUGGUAUGAACUGUGGUGAUAGUCUCUGCUUUCCCAGCCAAAACAGAACAUGGCUCCUGGACAACUUCUUGAAGACAUGUGGAAAACCUUCCAGCUACCGAAAAUCCAGCUGUGGGUCCACAACCUAUGAAAUUUCCUGCUACCCUUCUACUACAUACUAUGCUUCGAGGCCCUGCAGAGGAAUCAGUUUUUUUCCCAUUAGCUAUCACUCCAGAUCCUGUCAACCACCAAUGUAUUACAGAGCUCAGAACUACUUGUCAAGUCGUUUCCACCCCCAGAACCACCUCUCUUAUGGCUGUCAGUCACAGAACUUCAUCUUCUGUGGGUAUCGACCACUGAAUUGUGUGUCCCGGGCCUGCCAUCCUUUGAGAUAUCUCUCCUACGACUUUCAACCUAUUGGUUAUGUGUUCAGCAGCUUCAGACCCCUGAACUAUGUGUCUAAUAGGUUUCAACCUGUUCACUACAUAUACAACAGUUUCCAUCCAGCUUGCUCCUUUGGGACUUGGCAAUCUCCAUUUAUUAGAAGAUCAUACUGA